AAUCGUGUUGCUGGAGUGGAAAUAGCAAAUAUCUGGUCUGAGGAGACGAAUGGCGUCUUCCAGAGGAGGCGGCUGCGGCCGUCGUAUGCCACUCUUAUAAGCCCUACAGUUGUACCCUUCCACUUCCAGAGAUCAGAAGAAGCAAAGAGAAGAAGAGGCUUUCUACGCCAACCUUCUCUCUCUCUCUUUCUCUCUCUCUCCGUCUUCUCUCUCCUCUCUUCAAAUGGAAGGCGGUGGAGAAGAAGUCAUCAUGCCAAUCCAUGAUCCUGAUGUCCUCCCCGUUGGUUCGCCGGAGGAAACGAUCAUGGAUCCUCACUUCGACAAUCAGUCUCCGGAAUCCGAUGAACUUCCCCCUCCUCAUCCUUCGGCCGCCGAUACCGCCACCCUAACGGAUGAGCUUCGGGACAAGAUCAUCAAACAGGUGGAAUACUAUUUCAGUGAUGAAAACUUGAGAACAGACAAGUUUUUGUUGAAGUAUCUUGCAAAAGAUGAGGAAGGCUAUGUUCCUGUUGCAGUUAUUGCUUCUUUCAAGAAAAUGAAGAAGCUCACACAUCACAAAUCACUGAUUGUGGCUGCACUUAAGGAAUCUUCUCUUCUAACAUUAAGUUCAAAUGAGAAGAAAGUCAAACGAGUUCAUCCAUUCCCUUUGACCGAGGCUUUGGAUCCAGAGCUAUGCACUGUUUUGGUGGAGAAUCUUCCAGAAGAUCACACAGUAGAGAACAUGAAGAAGAUAUUUAGCCAAGCUGGAGUUAUCAAGAAAAUUACUAUUCAUGAAGAGAAUGCUGCAAAGGAGCAAAGGAAAUGCAGUAUUGAGGAGAAGCUUCUAAGUGGAAAGCUGCAUGCAGUGGUGGAAUACAACACUGUUGAAGCUGCUGAGAAUGCUGUUGCGACUUUAAACAAUGAGCAAGAUUGGCGACAUGGCAUGCGAGUGAAGCUUCUCAAACGCAAGGUCAAAAUUGCACAAAGAAAAAAAGGACAUGAUUCCGAGAAGAAAAUUAAUGUUCAAGUGGAUCCACAUCCACCAAUGGAAAAAGAAAACCAACAAUCAAGUGAGCAUCAUGAUGAUAUACCAAAUGAAGAGGAGAAAAACGGAAACAGGAAUUGUCAAAACCAAAACCGAAGGCGUCCAAGGAAAAACAAGUAUCAAGGAUCUAGUGGCAUUGGCAUUGGCAUGGGUCAUGGGACAUUGGUGCAUAAUAAUCAUGGGGGUGAAGUAUCAAAGCCGCCACCUGGACCACGAAUGCCGGAUGGAACAAAAGGGUUUACAAUGGGACGUGGACGUGGAGGUGGAGGUGGAGGAUCUCUUAAUGUUUAAUUCUCUAUGGAAAAAUGAUAUUUUUAUAUAUAGUGAAGUGAAUUGGUAUUAUAUAAUUUGGUAUAUGAGGCCAUUAUAUGCAUAUAAAUGUGCAAAAAGGAAAAUGUAUUUUGAGAUGGAUUGUGUAUGUUUUGGUUGACUUUUUUGAUGCUAUGGAAAAUGGGUAGUUAAGUU